CGCAUCAUCGCUUCCAACAGCACAGGGCAGUAAAGUUAAUGAGCUAGUCGUAGGAAUUGUGUCCCAUAGCGCGAAGAAAACGCGGCAUAAAACACACACUAACCAUGCCGCUAUUCACAAGAUUGUGUGUGAUAGUAUUUACAGUUCUAGUAUGCAACCAUGUCGUGCAAUCGGAAAAAGCGCAUAGCAAGUAUUCCAAGCACGCAAACGCACUGCCCGACUCGGAAAUAUACGAGCCGGAUUUCCGAAACAUUCAACGACCAUUUCGCAUGGCAAAGCUAAACCUGGUGUGGACCAAGGCCCAACAUCGGCUCACCGAACCGAAGCUAAAGUCGCUGUACACCGAGCUGAAGCUGCACGAUAAGGAGGAACUAACGUACAAACAGCUGAAGGAGAAAGAUAAGGACGGGCUGAAGGAAGCCGAGCUGCGCAACAAGCUGGUUAGCAUCAUGAGCACGUACGGGCUGCUGGAACACUUCGACGAUACGCAGGAUCCGGAAAAGUACAAGCUGGCCAAAUCGUCCGACGGUGCGCCGAAGAAGGACACGUACAAAAACAAGAGCCUCUUCAAGGACAAAAAGCUGAACAAGCUGUGGGAUAAGGCCGAGUCGGCCGGCUUCACGAAGGAGGAGCUAGACGCGCUGCGCGAAGAGUUCGAUCACCAUCAGGCGAAGAUCGAUGUUUACUACAGUUUGCUGGAGCGGCUGGGCGAUGAUGAUGAUGGCGGUGCCGCUGGACAGGGAAGCCGCGACGAUGAUGCGCUGCUGAACGCAGUCAACGACGAGGAGCAUGAUCGGUACAAUGAGGUCGAUCGGGCGGAGGAGACGGAUCGUUCGCAGCCGGGCGCCAACAAGCAGCACGCCUAUCUGCACAAAUCGAACCAGCUGCGCGAAAAGCACCGGGAGAUUCGGGACAACUUCGACCGGUUGGACCGGAUCGCCUCGAAGGGACCGAAGAGCCAGGAUUUCGUCGAACCGAAGGUGCAGGGUCUGUGGCGGGUCGCGCUCGCCAGUGACUUUAGUGCGGACGAGCUGGCCUCACUGAAGGUGGAGCUGUUGCACUACGAAAGUCGCCUGCUCAAGCUGCGCCACAUGCACGCGGAGCACGCGCUAAGCCUCGAGAAGCACAAGCACAGCGAUGCCAAAGCGGACACGCACAAGCUGAUGGAGGAUAACAUCAAGAAGCAAACGCGCAAGGUGGAGAAAAUGCAGGAGGAGGUCGAGCGACGCAUUUUCAAACACUCCGAGCUGUGAGAACCUCCUACCCGUAACAGACAGUGGAGGGGGGGGGCGACUUGAUGCACAUUACAACGCGUCAUCUCUCCAUGCAUGAGCAAUACUAAGAUAUUUUUGCAAAUUGACUCGGCAGUGCCACAAAUAUGAUCGAAAUGCAAUAGUUCUCGAAUAGACUGUAAGCGAUAGGGCAACGGACGGGGGGGCUAAUGAAUCAUUUGAAAUUUCUUCCACCAAAAGUAAAUAAGGUAGCUGCCAUUUCAUCAUCAUAUUUUUUUCUAUUCUAAUAAUUGUAAAAGAAAUGAAUAAAUUUUUUUUAGUAAAAUCAAGCAUGGAGUUUGUUUGUUUUGUUUGGACUGGGAAAUUCCCCAACCAAUGUCAUCAUGGUGAUCAUCAUCGUUCGCCCUUUACCAAUUCACGUGCAUCAGUACCAUUGAUGACGGGGAGAGGAAGAAUAAUGUGGUGGUUGUUUAGAGUUUGCUGCUUCAUUACUUAUAAUAUUCCGUGUUUUCAGUUUUUAUAUUGGUUACCUUCCAAAUAUAAUAUAUAAUUUAUAGAAUAAUAAUAUAUAAUAAUAAUAAUUAUUCAAUAAUCCAUCAGUAAUCAUUAAUCUGUAAGGGUUGCGCGCGCGGCGGUUGUUGCUGCUGUUGCUGCUGCUGCUGCUGCUCCUGUUGUUGUUUUGCAUAAUGUUUUCUCUUCAUCCUCCGUGUACACCACAAACUCGCCCCACAUUUACCAACUUUGCCGGUAAAUGUGCACUCGGCGUGUGGGUGGAUCAGGUUUCCCGCUACACCUUUCCCCACCACCACAUUGCGUGUGUGUGUUUGUGUGUAUAAUUGUUAGUGUAAUAGGUGUGUGUGAGGGAGUGUACGUGUGUUUUGUUGCGACUAUUCUUCUACGUUUUAGCGCAGCUUCUAUUUCUAUAACUGUUCGUCUUGCCUUCUCUCUAUAUGUUCACUGUUUCCGUCGUCUCCCACUUUAUCUCAUUAUGUAUGUGUUUGUUUUUUUUUGUUUUCUCCAUAUAGUUGGUAAUUAGUAGAUAACCAUCGUCAUUUAUAACUCAAUGCGCUUGCACUAUUCUUCCUCCUUCUAACAUACCUUCCACAUUCCCCCUUACUGUUUCAUUGACGCCCUAUGGGCUGGCUCUCUCUCUCUUUCUCUUUCUAUCUUCCACUUUUCCUUUUCGUCUCUGUGUAUAUGUGGCUCGCAGCAGCAUGUUGUGGCGGGCGUCGUCGUAUCGCUU